AUGGCCCAAAAGCGACAUACUAUAAACGACGCGAACAAGUUAGACAAGCACAAAGCCACCGAUGCGCUCCAAGAGGUUCAUCGGGACAAUGGUAUCCUCCGGGACAUCAUUGCUGAGCAUUCAAUCUCUCUUCCACAGGCACUGUUAACCCCGAAGUCGUACUUAGCAAAGGUAACCGUGAUUGGAGACCAUGGUUCCUUACAAAGUCUUCGGGUUGAAUUGCCUUCUCAAUAUCUUCCUUGUUACGGCAAUUCCCAUGCGAAUGAGACUAUGCAAACGAUAAAUCAACCAUCGAGUCAGCAAGUUCGGUCGUCUAUCUCGAGUCCCCUCAACUGGUCAGCUUCCAGUCCUUCCAACAAUUAUAUCGACAAGAGCAAACGGAACAACGUGGAAAACACGGUCGAAAUAGACAGAGGAAUUUCCUCCUUAUCCGAUCAAGAAUGCUUCCAGAUGGGAGUUGAUUUCGUAUUGUCAUUGGAGCGACCAUGUCUCUCACAUACCCAGUUCGCACAGCCUAGCGGCCAUGCAUUGUCUAUGCAGGGCACUUUGCUUCAAUACGCACCCUCAACUCUCGCCACGGAUACCCGGUGGGAGGUUUCAGCCGAGGUAUUCCAACAGCUAUUCGAGAUGGCAGGCAGGCUAGAUCUCGAUGGAUACAUUACUCCUGUGCAGGCGUGGAAUCGGAUCAGAGAUCACGACAAGUUCCUGCGGUUAACGCGUGAAAAGCUGAAAAAGUUGGAGAAUGCUAUGAGGCCCAAUAUCAAGUGUCAAGGGUGA